UUCUUUUUCUUCCCUUUCGCGAAUUUUCAUAUAUUUUUCUUUUUGGAACGUUACCUAAUUUUGCGUUACAAUGAAUUCACUCAGUACCGAAGAAGUCCCUAUCCAGAGCUCAAUACCAGAAUCAUUUGUACAAAGAUCGCGUGCAAGACAAGAAAAGCUUAGACAAGCAGCUGCUGAUCGCAAAGCUAGGAUUCAUUGCGACAGCGACGAUAGUCUUGAUAGCCGAAAGGAAACAACACGAAAGCAUACGAUAAAAGAAGGUGGGAGAGAUGUACGAAGCGCACACAGUUCGAUAAUACCCAGUAAAAAGGAAACAUCCAGUACGAGAACUGCAAGAUCUCUCAAGAAAUCAAGGUCACUGCCUGCUUCCAUCUUGAAGCCUAAACUAGAGGCGGCUCCAAAUAUGCCCGACUUAAAAGUGAGAGUACAAAGUAUCAGCAGCGAAAGCCUCCCUGAAGUUCAAAGCCUGAGCAUUAAAGUUACAGAACCUUACCAAGGCGAUUCCAAGCCUCAACAUCGAAGGUCACCCCGUCUGACAGUAAAUGACCAGAAUAACAUGGGGUAUGACAGCAUUGAAGAACAGCUCAUCGACAUCUAUGGUGACAGCAAGUGGGUGCGAAAAGAUCGUGCUUCAAAAACACCUUCGGAAAGUACCAGUGGUGAAUUUGUAAAAUUUAAGCAAAUGGAUCCGUCGUUGUUGUGCAGCUCCCGACCAAAGGUUCAGUACGAGCACUUUUUAUCUUCGACCCUUCCUCUUUUGCACCGUUUCACCUAUUCUCAAGUCAAUACAUUAUCAAGAAGGGAAAGCGAACUCAUCAAACAAAUUCAAACGGAGGUCGAGUUACAUCCACAUUCAAUUCGCAAGUAUGCAAGCACCUUGGAGCCGAUACUUAGACAAAAGAUUGGACUACUGAUUGUCCUCUAUGAAUCGGUUCGAGAUGUGGCUUCUAUAUCAAUUUUAGAGGAGCAGCUGCAUGAUCUGGACUGUGGUGAAGACAACAGUGUCAGUACGGAGACCAAUCUUGGCAGCCCUUAAUUCAGUUGGGAGACGGGGGGGACAGAACAUCUUGGCGGCGUUUGAAUUUCGCAACAGUACUUUCAUUGGAACUCCAAGAGCGACAGCAUUCCAGUUACUUCUUUAAACUUUAGAUUUGUAUAGUUAGUGCUAUCUAACACACCAUGGAGAAGUACUCACGCUGGAGGGAUGCCGGUACAGGAAUUCAACCUUUUUUGCCACCUGUCGUAAGAUAUCAACAUUCACAAGGCCAUAGACUGAA